CUGGAGCUAUCGAGCUUUGUGCCAUCUCCAAAAGCAAAAAUUGACAAUCUGGAAGAAGGAAGCUCAAAUCUCUAAGGAUAUGGAGCUGGAAUUGGACGUGGUGGACUCCCUGCAGGCGCUGGCUUACGAGGGACCCUGUCUGCAGCAGGAGCAACUUAGUCGGGCCUUGGACGCGGGGAUCGGAAGUCCGGAACUGCGUGCGGUGAUUUUUUGGCUGGCCCACGAAUUGCACGUUUUGCGAAAGACCGAUGAGCGUGUGAGUUCCGGCCGAAAGGAUAACGAUGAGUUCGCCUUCGAGCUCUCAUUGCUGCUCACUGAGCUUGGGUGCCCUUACCGCCAGUUGGUUCAGGGAGCCAUCGAGCAGCGCUUCCAAAAGCGGGAUUCAUUGGUCCAACUUCUGGAGUACCUCACAUCCGAACUGAUGACCACUAAGAUGGUCCUGAAGUCGCAGCCAGUGGGUCCUCCCUGCAAACGCUCGAAAACCGACUCAAAUGUCCAGCAGGUUGUGGAAAACCUAGCCAGGGAUCUCGAACUGGGUGAACUGCCCAAGAACAUCAAUACCAAGCUGCUUUUUGAGAAGUUAACACCCCGUUUGGAGCAGUCCAUUAAACAAAUUCAUCGCCAGGUGCUGAACGAACCGCUGCUUAAGGUAAAAAAGCCAUUAAGUGAUGCCCAAUGGCGCGUUCUGGAGUCCCUUCAUCGCGAACUGGAGGCGGAGUACAAUCUGCGCCGCCAGAUGAUGACCACCCGACUGGAGGCCACUGUUCAAAGUUUUCAGUGGUCAGAGUCUAUGCGGCAACGCUCCAACGAGAUCAUGGAUCGCUUCAAUCGCCAGAUGAAGGAGCUGGAACAGCUAAAGGUUGGUGGAGAGCAAACGGACAUGGUGGCUCUGCUGGCAGCUCGAUCGGAUCUGGCCAUCAUCGAGAAGACAAGCUCGGCGAAUGUGAGAAAGAACACCGCGUCGAAGAUCCAGAAGCAUGUGAUUGGUCGAGUUCCCGAUCGUGGAGGUCGCGCCAACGAGCAUGCUCCUCCACCGCCAGAGAUGCCCUCUUGGCAACAGCAAAGGGCCAGUGGUCCUCCAGGAGGCGGACGAGGUGGCGGAGGCAACUUUAGGGGAGGAAGAGGCGGGGGAGGUGGCGGCAGAGGAGGCGGAUCAGGAGGCGGCGGCGGAGGAGGAGGUGCAAACUGGCAGCAGCAGCCUCAACAGCAGCAGCAGCAGUACCAAAACCAAGGGCAAAAUCAACGCGACCGCAGCCGCGAGAGAAACGACCAGCAAUGGAUCAGUGGCAGUGGACGUGUUCAGGGAACAGGAUGGAAUCCGCAGGGAGGACGUGGAGGUGGGCGUGGCGGCGGUGGAGAUGGACGGGGCGGCGGUGGAGGGCGCGGAGGCCAUCGUGGCGGCUAUCGAUGAUCCGUGAUCUUCGAUCACUAGGAACUGAAUUUAAGGAAGAGCAAUGGAGACCUAAAACGACUGAUCCUCCUAUAAUCCAUUAACUAACCUUAACUACACGCAUAACCCAGUUUUAUUUAUUGCAAAACCCAGUGAAUGUGUUUAUAAUUGCAAAUAGACAGCUAUUUAAAAAAUAAACUAUAUAUGUCAUCUGCCAGCAAA